AUGGCCAGACCUCUUGAUACAUCUACCGACGAGCCCAAGGAUGAGUUUCGCCUACAAAAACCCGCGUCUUCGAGAGCGUCUACAUUAGGUAUAUCGACCGCAUUGCCUCGUUUGCAUCAGCCACAGUCCACGCUUCAACGUGCUCAUACCGUUACGCAAUCUGGUUUGGCCAAACGGACCGACAGAAGACUAGCAGACCGACCAAGGAGACAGCGAUCGUUGCUGCUUCGUAUGAAAGGCAGCAAUGAAGGCUUGUCUACGCGCUCACCGGUGCACGAGACGACUCCAUCGGGCCUUAGAGAUAACAACUUCGCAGUAGGAAACGUGGGAAACAAUGGGAAGCUCUACCUCAGGCCUUUAGUCGAGCCGGGUUCCAGGCGUCACCAUGGCAAAUCCCUCCCGAGAGUGACUUUACCCGCCCCGGCCAGCAGCACCAAACUACCACCGCCCAGGGCCUCAGCUGGCCCCGACCCCAGGCAGAGUAUUUGGUCAUCCUCUCAAUUUUCUGAGCUCCGUCCUAGUUAUGCCCGUGAAGAAAUAGAAGAAGCCAAUGACCACGUCAGCGAUUCCGAGCCUCCGCACAGGAGAGCGCAUUCAUUCUCAACUAUAUCUGAAUAUGAACAAUCAGCUGCAUCCGACGGAGGUGACGAGUUUCGCAUUGUGAUCGAUCGGUUCGACACCAACAAGCCAACCAGUGAACCGAUUGAUGGUUUACCUAUGCCUGCGUUGGAGGUACCCAUCCCUCAUUAUCGCCUAGGAACACUACAAUUAAGCACGGAGGGUACGCCGGUGCUGCGGAGCUCAAUUUACACGCAUACGUCACAUACCUCAGUCUCAGAUAAUACGCACUCGUCGAUAUACCUUAAGGACAAUACCGGCGGCAGUGGCCAAAAUCGAGUUCCGUCAACCUACGAUUCUCCCGGUCUUACUCCUCCCGAAGGGACCCUUUCUAUGGCGAUGUCUCUGUUUUCUGCAGUGACCCCGUCCGCUGCCAAAGAUAGGCAUUCAAAUUCCACUCAGAGAUCCGGCAUAUACAUUUUGCGUCAUCCUCUUGAGCCUUCUAUCUUCGAUAUACUAGCUAAGAACAUUGACGAUUCAGCUGUGGUCAAAUAUAUUCCAAAUACUCGGGACAUUAGCGCAGCUACACCUGCUCGUAUAAUCGUACAAAUCUCGUCGGAGUCCUUCAUGGAUUAUGAACUCGUUUCCGAUUUUUUCUUGACAUUUCGUUCUUACCUAUCAACCACGAGCCUUCUGGGUUUGUUGUUGGCGCGAUUGGAGUGGGCUAUUAACAGAUUACAGGCCGAUGGUCGGAUUAUUCGAAUUCGGACCUUCGCGGCCCUACGCCAUUGGAUCCUCAAUUAUUUUGUUGAUGAUUUUGUCGGCAACCGUGACCUACGCGUUCAGUUUUGUCAUAAAAUCAAUACUAUGUAUGCUGAUGUCAAAGCUCGAAGUACUACAGAGGUCAGUGACGCAAAAAUAUUGGUAGACCUCAAGCGUUGUUGGCACGGCAGAUGUAUGAUGUACUGGGACAGUCCACCUUUUACGAGUCCGGAUAACCCUGCUCUACCUGGUGAUGGCUUUAAAGAUCAAGGAUUCAACAACAACCGCUCAAGUGAGGUUGGCAGCUCUUCUCAAGAAGCCGUAGCCACUGGUCAUUUGAGUAUCCAAUCAUUGGUGCAAUCAACAAAUUCAAUCAAGGCUGAACGGAUUCCCAACGGCCAUAUGAGUCAUGCGAGAACAAUAUCCUCAGGGACUUCGCAGAGUGUGCCAGGCUCGUCUAGUGAGCAAAGUGUCCAGGCAUUGUCGUGUUCUUUGCCAGGUAAAAGUAUCCGGGCGUCGAUGUCGAUGGGUGGCUGCUUAGAUGCCCCCCAUCCUGUUGUAGUCUCGAUUAAGCCGUCACCACGUCCUCCAACAUCUUCGGCCACGUCAAACCCUCCAGCCCACGUCCAUAAGAGAAGCGGCAGCUUCUCUGACUCAAUCAGAGAUGAUCGUGCCCCACUUUCUAGAACAUUGGGCGAGAGGUAUGAGCAAGAGCAAGCUCUAUUGCCAACUUCUGAUGGUGGUAACGGCAGUCUCAUACGCGGGAAUUUUUUCCCCCCUGUUGACGCAAGCGUUGCUGCAUUUGUACCCCCGUCACCUACUACCUUUCAAGCUCCAGAUGAGUUACGCGAAAAUCAUGCACGGAGUGCAUCUGAAGGCAAUAUCAGGACCCUUGGAACGAGCCCAGCGCUGAAAACUGUCAUUGGCUCCAUUCGCCGUGCUUUACAUACGAGAAAUCUUGGAGCAAAUACUGCACCCCAUGUGGGAUCCCCUACUUAUCGUUCUCCGCGAGUCAAGACAGCCACACUACCUCUGAAUGUUGCUUUGAAAUCCGAGAUGCACAAGGAUCGCAAGGCUUUUUUAAAGCCUAACACCCCUCUCAGAACCGACCAUAUUUGUGAGAAAAGUAUGAGAGACUACCGUGAAGCUAUUGGCCUUAAUCCUCCGCAGUCUUCACCCUCGUUUACAAUCAAAAGGCCUGGGGUACUGGAUGACCAAACGUCCCAUCUAAGAGCGCAAAAAUUACGUCAUCAACGCCUUGUGAGCGACGUGACUAUGGGAAGCAAAUCUAUUGUCAUUGUGGAUGACACGGGAUUGGAUUUGCCUGUAGUCUCAGGGGGGAACAAUUGGCUGGAUUAUGGACACAAAAAUAACCCAAGUUCAACCUCAACGACGGGAAGAGAUAGUCAUCUAUCUUCUGGUACUGGCGUAGUUCCAGUUGCAGCGUCUCUGGAGGUCUUCGGGCAUGAAGUGGAAGAUCUGGCACCUCCAUUCUCUGAUCGCGCUUCACAGCAUCCUCUGAAGUCUCCCGCGCCAGAGAAGACCCGUUCAAUAUCCAGUCGACUUCGUAAGUACGCAUCUUUUCAGAGUGGUAUCAGUCGGUCCCUUGAUGCACCUAGUGAGGCUGGGAGCUGGGGAGGGAAACAACCACUAGGCCGUCUGUUGCGCAGGCGACCUGGAGGUGAUUUGCGUAAAAUUCAGAAUGUGCAUGAUCUUGCGACUGAUUUGCGCCCACAGUCCUUUGCAACGGACACAUCUUUAACGGAAUCACUGGCUUCUUCAGCCCGUAAUUAUUUCAGGCGAAGCUUUUCCAGGUUCUCUCAAGCCAGAAUCCAGUCAACGCCACCGCGCUUUGACCUCAUUAACACUCAUUCAUCCCAACACCUGCGCCCUUCAUUUGAAGCGGCUAUUGCUGGGUUCUCGCGAAUUCCAGAUGACGCUGACGGUGGAAUUGAGUCGACGUUGCUAAAACUGGAAGGGAAGUGGCCGUCCCUGACAGGUUCCGACAGUCAUCCAGAGGGCGGAAGACUCCGUGAUCCCGAGCUUCCCCAGAAUUACUCUGAUCGAGGUUAUUCUGAAUCUUCUUGGGCGGGAACAAGUCAUUUAGAUACCUACCCAAUGACCUUGGGGGAGAAAGUGGUGACUUCUAGUUUUCAAGGCCUGUCAGCACAGUCGCACACAGACUCUGUUGUAGAAUCGGAGUUUUCAUAUAAUUCUAUUCCUCUUCUGGAAAGGGGUUUGAGCGACGAUUCCAUGAAAAAACCGUUGUCUACUAUGCAUCCCUCUGCCACCCCACAUCGUUUGUUACCACAGAACCCAUCAAGUAGUAACUUGACGAACAGCAUUGAUUUUUCACCACAAAGUCUCCAAUUAUUUGACGAACCCAUGGCCGGCCGACAAGAGUUGAAUAUCCAGCGAACUUUUGACUCGCCCUCGAUAGUACAUGGGGAUAGGGACAGCGAAUCAGAAAUAUCAUCCGAAAUAUCUAUCGAUCUGAUCGAGAAGGAUGAGGCUUUGGAAAGGUCCAGCAGCACAAACUCUUUGGCAACUCAAUCGUUGGAAAUGCCACCGCAUCCUCUUGCACAUCCUCCUUCUCCACCGAUCACAAUUCAACGAGCGGUGACAACUUCUCCUUGUCGGGAAGAGGUAGCUGUUAUCAGAUCCCAGAAGCCACUGACUCCUGGCUCCUCUCCAACACGUCUAGUUGACCGCAAGCGUGUAGCAUACGUUCGAGAUGAGAAUACGGGUGUUGGGAAUAGAAUUCCCGAACUACAUAUUGAAGUCCCCAAGAUGCCGGAUCACGUUCCUUUUAUCCUUGCAUAUGAUUCCAGAUUACUUGCCCAACAAUUUACGGUCGUGGAAAAAUCAGCUCUGGAUGAAGUCGACUGGAAAGAUCUUGUCGACAUGAAAUGGAACAACAAUUCACCGUCAAUUGUCAGCUGGGUUCAUUUCCUGGCGGAAAAGGAGCGUAAAGGCAUUGACCUUGUUGUUGGUCGUUUCAACCUUAUGGUAAAAUGGAUUCUGUCUGAGAUUGUCCUCACGCGAGACAUUCAAGAGCGGGCUUGGGCGAUAGCCAAAUUCAUCCAUAUUGCUGCUCAUUCCAGACAGAUGUGCAAUUACUCGACUAUGCUGCAAAUAGCAAUCGCUCUUUCUUCAGUGGAUUGUACACGACUACAGAGAACGUGGGCUCUAGUGAGCUCGAACGACAGACGACUCCUCGAUGAUAUGGAAUCGUUGAUACAACCUCUUCGAAAUUUCCAUGAGCUGAGAGUUGAGAUGGAAACAACAAAUCUACAAAAUGGCUGCAUUCCCUUCGUUGGAUUGUAUGUGCAUGAUCUCACCUACAACGCUCAGAAACCAUCACAAAUACCGGGAACCCGUGGUGGAGAUGCUCUCGUCAAUUUUGAACGAUAUCGAACAUCGGCCAGAAUUGUUAAGUGUCUUCUACGGCUCAUCGAUGCCAGCAACAAAUACUCUUUGGAGCCCGUUCCCGGCGUAGUUGAAAAGUGCCUCUGGAUUGGUUCCCUGCCCGAAGAUCAAGUACAAGCUUUCAGCAAAAAUCUCGAAUAA